AUGGAUAAUAUCUUCAACGCCACUUGGCUGCCAGCACAAUCCUAUAUCGUAGCUGCUCUUCUAGUCCUUCUUCCCUUGUUGCUUUUCCUUAAUCAUCACUCCAACCAACCCAAUCUUUCAGUCGCCAACCCAGGGAAACUGUUCGGACUGUCCGUCGCCAGCGCAAGAAAAGACUUUGUCCACAAUGCAAGAGGGAUCAUCGACAACUUUUUGCAGAACUCGAGAAACGGAAAAAGCAGGAAUUUCCAAGUCAACUCGGAAUUCGGGCGCCUGACGGUGCUCAUGCCAAAGUUUAUUCCAGAGAUUAGGAAUGAUCCUCGUCUUAGCUUUGCGAGGUUUAUGGCGGAGCAUACCAUGUCGAGGUACCCCGGUUUUGAGGUCUUCUCCGAAGGUGCCCAAGACUCGGAUAUCCUCAAAGAAGUGAUUCGAUUACAUUUGAACAAGGAUCUAGCGAAGGUCACCGAGCCUCUGUCUGAGGAAACUGCAUUCGCGCUUGAGCAGACUUUUACUGACAGAAAAGACUGGCAUCUCGUCCCGCUGAAGGCGAUGGUUCUCGAAAUCGUCGCCCGCAUUUCGUCGCGCGUGUUCACCGGUCCUGAACUGUGCCGUGAUCCUUCCUGGCUGAAGAUUUCCACCGAGUACACUGUCCACGCCAUGCGAGCAGUGCACGAGAUGCGCGCCUGGAGUCCUGCCGCACGACCGAUCGUGCAUUGGUUUCUGCCCUCGUGCCGCAAGCUUCGCUCGACGGUCAAAGAAGCGCGCGCAAUCGUGAACGCCGUUCUCGAAAAGCGUCGCGCGGAUCAUCAAGCCGCCCAGCACAACGACGCACUCAAGUGGUUCGAGGAUCAAGCCAAAGGCCGGCCAUACGACCCUGCAAUCGCGCAGAUGGUUUUGGUCUUUGUCUCCGCGCAUACCACGACCGAUCUCCUGACGCAGGUCCUGUUCGAACUCGCCCAGCACCCGGAAUUGAUCGACCCGUUGCGCAGGGAAGUCAUCAGCGAGAUUGGCGAGAAAGGAUGGAAGGGCUUCUCGUCGCAGCAGAGUCUGAAGUUGCUGGACAGUGUCAUUAAGGAGACGCAGCGGCUCAAGCCUAUUGGCAUCACAAGUAUGCGCCGCAUCACAACCGACCACGUCCAACUAUCAGACGGGACAAGACUGCCCAAGGGGACAUCCAUAAUGGUCCUAGCAGACCGACACUGGGACUCGUCCGUAUACGCAAACCCAGAACAGUACGACGGAUAUCGCUUCCUGCGCAUGCGAUCAGAUCCUACUAAAGAAACCGCCGCGAGUCUCGUCGGCACCAGUCCCGACCAUCUCGGCUUUGGCUACGGCCUUCACGCCUGUCCUGGCCGCUUCUUUGCCGCGCACGAGCUGAAGAUUGCCCUGAGUCAUAUCCUGCUCAAGUACGACUGGAGGAUUCCCCAAGGGCAGCGGCCGCAGAUGAAGACCAUGGCUCCAGAUCAUUCCAAGUCAAAGGCACAGCUUGAAGAACCAUCAUUACCAGUUCGAUCAUCUGGACAUGAAGUCGACGCAACAAAAGAAACACCAGAACCUGCCCAGAAUCUACCUCCUAGUGACAACGCGGAGACAUCUACAUCCUAUCCAAAUGGAUUUUUGCAGAUCUUGCUGGUCCUCGCGUUAUAUUUGGCCAUGUUUCUUGUGGCUCUCGAUAUGAACAUCAUCGCAACAGCCAUCCCAACGAUAACAGUCGAAUUCCACAGCGUCGACCAAGUCGGGUGGUACGGCUCCGCAUUCUUCAUGACGCUAGCCGCCUUUCAGGCCUUCUGGGGCAAGGCGUACAAGCUUUUCAGCCUGAAGGCCGUCUUCCUGGCGAGCAUAUUCUGGUUCGAGGUCGGGAGCGUCAUCAUCGCCGUCGCGAGGGACAGCGCGACUGUCAUCGUGGGACGCGCGGUGCAGGGUGCUGGAGGGGCGGGGCUGACUGCUGGCUGCUACACGAUCUGCGCGUAUAUCAUACGACCGAAGUGGUUGCCUGCUGUUAUGGGGUCGUUUGGACUCAUCUGGUGCUGUGCGUCUGUCCUGGGGCCGAUUGUUGGUGGUGCGUUUACGCAGGAUGUGUCGUGGCGGUGGUGCUUUUGGAUCAACCUCCCCCUCGGAGGCACGACAUUCCUGAUCAUCCUUGCUUUCUUUCGCGCUCCGAAGCAUGCCAUCCCGCCCAGCGAAACCGCCAAGCGCAGUGUGCUCGCGUUCGAUUUUCCUGGAAUGGUUCUGCUGCUCGGCGCACUGAUAUGCUUCUGUCUGACGCUGCAGAACAGCGGUCUGACUACGUCGUGGAAUUCAAGCACUUCGAUUGGUUUGCUUGUCGGUUUUGGAGUCCUGGCUAUUGCCUUUGCGAUUCUCGAGUGGCGGCAGGGCGAACGCGCUCUGUUGGUGGGGAGAAUCGUCAAACGCAGAAGCAUUGCUCUCUGCACCGCGUACAGCUUCUUUGCCAAUGCCGGUCAGUUCGCUCGGACGUACAAUCUGCCAAUUUACUUCCAGGCAUCGCAGGGGAUUUCUCCGGUGGAAAGCGGUCUCCGCACACUGCCGACAGUGCUGUCAAUGUCAAUCUCAGGUCUGAUCAGCUCCACAGCCAUCGGCAAAGUAGGCUAUUAUUCGUCCUUCCUGUUCUUCGGUGCUGUCCUGGCCACCGUUGGCUCGGCCAUGAUCUACACCCUGCAAAUCUCCUCACCGGCCGCGCACUAUCUCGGAUACCAGGUCAUUGCCGGCAUAGGAGUCGGCGCGGCCAUGCAGGUGCCGCUGAUCGUGGCACAGGCGAUUUCUUCACGGGCUGAUACGGCCGUCGCCGUGUCAUCGGUUCUAUGCAAGUCAAGUCCUAACCACCCUUUGGUAGAUAUUUUGUUACUGACAACGUCAGUCUCCCAAUUUGUCGGUGGCACCAUCGGCGUCUCAUCAUCCCAAGCCAUCAUGAACAACCGCAUGGUCGCGCAGCUACCGCCACAGCUCGGCGCACGCGUGCUUCAGGCUGGCGCUACGGGUCUUCGAGAGGCGUUUCCGGACCCGCAGAUCCUCCAGGACGUCCUCAAUGCGUACAUGAUUGGUCUGAGGGACGCGUGGAUUUUCAGUAUCGCGAUGGGAGGCAUGUCGUUCCUAGUCGCCUUUGCGGCUGAGUAG